UUCUCAAGGAUUCCCAACUAGUUAGUGACAGCGCAACUACCCUGCUGCCGGCUCCGGCCUCCGGGAAGUAGCCGCACUUUACACACCCACCAUGGCGACCCUGCGUUCUACGCUCACCCUGCUGCUGCUGGCGCUCCUCACGUUCUGGCCGGUGUCUCCCUCAUCCUCGCUGGCCGGCGAGCACAGCGACCGCGAAGCACUGCUAGCGUUCAAAGAGGCGCUGUCGGACGACUCGGGCGCGCUGAGCUCAUGGAACGGCAGCAGCUCCGACUUCUGCCGCUGGGCCGGCGUGACGUGCAGCCGCCGGCACCCGAGCAGGGUGGUCUCCCUGAGCCUGCGCUACGGCAAUCUAGGAGGCAGCAUCUCCCCGGACAUCGGCAACCUCACCUUCCUUCGGAGGCUCGACCUCUUCUACAACAUGCUUUCAGGGGAGAUUCCGCGCACCCCUCGGCCGGCUACGUCGUCUGCGCUUUCUUCAAUUGGCGUACAACUCCCUCGCCGGUGAGAUCCCCGCAGACCUGUCCAACUGCUCCAACCUCGUGUCCCUGAGCGUCGAGGUCAAUGAGCUCCAUGGGGGAAUCCCCAGUGGUCUGGGCUCGCUAUCUCAGCUGCAGGUCCUGUACGUUGGCGAGAACAACAUCGUAGGGCGCAUACCGCCUUCACUCGGUAACCUCUCCGUGCUCGAGAGCAUGGCACUCUAUCAGAACAAGCUGGAAGGAACCAUCCCGGAGGGCCUUUCCCGUUUGAGAUACCUCCGGUACAUCCAGGCCGGGAGGAACAGCCUCUCGGGCACAAUUCCACCACUCUUCUUCAACAUGUCGUCUCUUCAGUAUCUCGGCUUCAGCUCCAACAGGGUUGCACGGCAGGCUGCCACCGGAUGCAGGGAGGCACCUGCCUGACCUUCAGGUGCUCCGUUUGGGUGGCAUCGGGAACAACUUCUCCGGGCCGAUCCCACCUUCCCUCCACAAUGCCACCAGGAUACAGGAUCUGGGUCUUGCCAACAACAGCUUUGAAGGAAGGGUGCCUCCUGAGGUAGGGAUGCUCUGCCCAGUGAGUGUUGAGUUGGACAGUAACAUGCUGCAAGCCGAGGACGAUGUGGAUUGGGAGUUCCUCAGACAUUUAACGAACUGCACCCGUCUUAAGACUCUAGAUAUUAGUGACAACGCCUUUGGAGGAGUGCUUCCAAGUUUUGUAGCGAAUUUCACAGGGCCUCUGAACAAUCUACUCAUGGGAAGGAACAGGAUGUCAGGAGUAAUCCCUCCGGGUAUCGGAAACCUACUUGACCUUGGGGCCUUAGAAUUUGCUGAAAAUAAUCUGCAUGGUGUCAUUCCUGAGGACAUUGGAGGGCUUCGGAACCUCAAGUACUUCUCGCUGGACGAGAAUCUCCUGUCAGGAGGUAUACCGCCCUCCUUUGGUAACCUCUCGGAGCAGCUCACCCUCGUGUUAUCAAACAACAGGCUCAAUGGCUCCAUUCCCGAGAACCUUGGGAGCUUGCAGAAGUUAACAUCCAUGAAGUUAUCCUCGAACAGGCUGACUGGUGCUAUCCCUGAAGUAAUAUUCAGCCUCUCAUCACUAACAGAUUCGCUGGUGAUUUCUGAUAACUAUCUUUCUGGUAUUCUUCCUCCACAAAUUGGCAACCUCAAGCACGCGACAACAUUGGAUCUGUCAAGAAACAACUUAUCUGGCCAAGUACCACGAGCACUUGGCGAUUGUGCAAGUUUGGUAUCCUUAGCUCUAGAUGACAAUUACUUCACAGGGAGCAUCCCUCCAUCAAUUGGUGAUUUGAAGGGUUUGAGUGUUCUGAAUUUCACAAGAAAUGCUCUGUCUGGUACCGUCCCUCAAGAGUUGAGAAAGAUUCAUGGGCUGCAAAAGCUGUACCUUGCCCACAACAACCUGUCAGGAGCCAUUCCACAACUUCUUGCGAACUCAAGCGCUCUUGUAGAGCUAGACCUCUCCUAUAACCAUCUAGAUGGUGAGGUGCCGUCUUACGGCGUGUUCAGUAACGCGAGCAGGAUUUCUGUAAUAGGAAAUGAUGGGCUUUGCGGUGGUGUUGCAGAGCUGAAACUGCCUCCGUACGUGUGCAGUCAAGCCGUAUAGCCACCAAAAACUGUCGCAGCUUAAGAUUUUGCUUCCGGUUGCUGGCAUUGUUACAUGUUUAUUAUCUCUUCUUCUAUUGUUUUUGCUCUUUCUAUUCGAAGGGAGUAGAAAAGGAUUGGACAGGAACAAUGCUACGGAAGACCGUUUGUUGGACAUCAAGUAUCCUAGAGUUUCAUACCAUGAACUGUUUGAAGCUACUGAUGGUUUCUCCUCGUGUAAUCUCAUAGGAGCUGGAAAAUAUGGAUCCGUGUAUGAAGAAAAUUUGUCUUUUACAGCUGCUAGGAAUUCUGUUGUGGCAGUCAAAGUGUUUACUCUUCAGCAACCUGGUUCUUCCAGGAGUUUUUUGGCUGAAUGCGAGGCUCUGAGACAAGUUAAACAUAGGAACUUGAUCAACAUUAUCACUUGUUGCUCCGGUACGGACUAGAGGGAAUGACUUUCGAGCUCUAGUGUUUGACUUCAUGCCCAGGUACAGCUUGGAUAGGUGGUUGCAUCCAAGAAGCAAUGGGCAGACGCACAAGUUAAGUCUUGCCGAGUUGCUGAACAUUGCGACUGAUGUAGCAGAUGCACUAGACUAUCUUCACAACAGUAGUUGGCCAACAGUGAUCCAUUGUGAUUUGAAGCCUAGCAACAUCCUCCUUGGUAGUGACUGGACUGCUUAUGUUGCUGAAUUUGGGCUUGCAAAGCUGGUUGGUGAACCCAUGGAUCAAUCAAAUUUGAAUAUUGGGACUGAAAGCACUAUAGGGAUAAGAGGAACCAUCGGAUAUGUUGCUCCAGAAUAUGGAGCGGGUGGUCAAGCAUCAGUUGCUGGUGACGCCUACAGUUUUGGGGUUACUCUACUUGAGAUGUUCACAGGGAAGGCACCUACUGAUGAUAUGUUCACAGAUGGCUUGACUCUGCACUUGCUUGCUGAGGCAGGGUUACCUGACAAGAUACUAGAAAUCAUUGACCCAGAGCUACUGCUUGAUGAACUGCAUGACGAUGACUCGGGGAUACUCAUCAAUUGCUUGACUUCGAUAAUAGAAGUUGGUGUUUCAUGUUCAAAGGACAGCCCGUCAGAAAGAAUGAACAUGAAACAUGCAGCUGCUAAGCUGCACAAAAUAAGGGAGGAAAUUGAAGGAAUCUCUUAGGAGUCAAAAUAGGCAAAAUUUGCCACUGGACAUCAUCAAAACGUAUCUAUUGCAGCGAGCCAUUUAAAAAAAGAAUGUCUUUGCUAGUA